AUGAUAGCCCACCACGCCUCCUCUAUCUUCAGUAGCAGCAGCAGCAGCAGCAGAGGCAGCAGCAAUAGAGGGAGCAGCAGCAGCAGAAGCUGUAGUAGCAGAGACUCUAGCAGCAGCAGCAGCAGCAGCAGCAGAAAGGCUCGUGAAGACGGUAGCAUGAGAAAGUGGGGGCAAGGCGCAGACCAGCAGCAGCAGCAGCAGCAGCAGCAGCAGCAGCAGCAGCAACUGCAGCAGCAAGCAGCGGAUUGGUGGCGAUGUUUCAGCAAGGAGGUGCAGGGAAUUUUGUAUGACGCAGACGGACGAGAAAUCUCAAUUUUAUUUGCUGCUGCUGCGCACUUUCAGGUGCAGCAGCAGGAGCAGCACCAGCAGCAACUGCUGAAGGUGCUCCUCGCUGAGGCAGAAGCCUGGGCAGCAGAUAAUACCCCAAGAAAUAACGCUCUUAUACUUCACGGGGCGGCGCGGGUUGGCUUCAAGAGCAGCACUUUCUACAGCAGCAUUCUGUCGAAGGCGCAGCAGCUGCUGCAGCAGAUGGAUGAGCACAACCUCUGCAUGAUAGUUUGGGGGUUGGGGGCGAUUGGCUUCAAAGACAAGGAGUUUCUGUCAGCUGCGGCGGAGCACUUCUUAAAAAUAUGCGAAGGGUAG